AUGGCACCUUAUGAAGCUUUAUAUGGAAGGAAGUACAGAUCACCAAUUGGCUGGUUUGAAGUAGGCGAAACUGCUUUAUUUCAACCAGACCUUGUUCUUCAAGCUAUGGAAAAAGAUAAGGUGAUACAACAACGGCUAGCAACAGCUCUAAGCCGACACAAAUCAUAUGCAGAAGUUAGAAGAAGAGGAUUAGAGUUUUCUAUAAGAGAUUGGGUGUUCUUAAAAGUAUCGCCAAUGAAAGGGGUAAUGAGAUUUGGUAAAAAAGGAAAGUUGAGUCCACGCUACAUAGGGCCAUAUAAGAUUAUUCGAAGAAUUGGCCAAGUUGCUUAUCAGUUAGAGCUACCUCAGGAGCUUUCAGCAGUUCAUCUGGUGUUUCAUGUCUCAAUGCUUCGGAAGUGCGUAAGUGACCUAUCCUAUAUCACUCUUAUUGAAGAUGUACAAGUUACAGGGGAUCUCACCUAUGAAGAAGUACCUAUUGCUAUUCUGGAUCGUCAGGUUAAAAAGCUAAGGAAUAAAGAAAUGGCUUCAGUAAAGGUGCUUUGGAGGAACCAACAAGUAGAAGAAGUAAUGUGGGAAGGUAAGGAAGCGAUGAAAUCCAAGUACCCUUAUUUAUUUGAACCUAAAGAGGAAGUCCAAGGUGCUGAAUGGGGGUAUUAA